UUUUAAGCGCCCAAAUUACACCCGCCGAAGCUACUAGCCUUAUUUUUAUCCUUAAAUUAAGAGUAAAAUAUUUCGUUUACUUUGGCUGAUUUUGCUGGCAAUAAAUUAUUUGUACUUACUCUUGUGACCUGGUGUAUAAUAUAUUGACGGACUUAAAUUCUUCUUAUCAGAAAUUUUCACAGAUUUUUCUUUUAAAUACCACAAAUUGAAUUUGAAUUGAUAAAAUUUUGCUACAAUUUGUCAAAAUUGACAAAUUUCAGAUACGUCAGGUGGUCAUAGCAAUAGUUGAUGUCCAAAUAUAACCUUACUGAACAUGUGUCUUAAUAGAUGUCAUUAAAGUGAUAGCAGUUCAUAUUUAAAACAUUGAUUAAAGUAUAGGAGCAGAAAAAAUAAUAUUUCCAACAAUAAGAAGCCUUUAAUAAGAGAAACUAUGUCGUCGAAGGCAGAACAGGCGGAGAUCAAAACCAUAGGGCCUCUUUCAAGUACUUUAGAAUUAUUUGAUUCUUUCAAAUCUCAAGAAGAAGAUAAGGAUUCUGAUGAAGAAAGUUUCCACUUACCUUUGUUAAGUUGUGAUGAUGAUAACGAAGUGGAAAAUUGUGAAGGAGAUAUACUGACGUCAAUUCCAAACGGAGAAACUGAGGAUGACAUUUUGAAUAAAUAUGAAACGAGCACGUCGGAAACUGCCGAUGCAAAAGAAAAACAUUUAUUACUCCACGAAGGCGAUGGAACCGAUCUAAAUAACACAGGACAAAAACUUGAUAAUAUUGUAAAAUUUAUGGAAUUAGAUGUUCAGGAUGUACCCGAAAUUGAUCUUCAAGAUACUGUGAAAAUCGCAAUUGAAGAUAUAGUUAGUGUUGGGACUGAAGAAACAAAAAAUAAAGCAGACGUAAAUGUAAACGACUCUGGUGCUUUGAAUAUACAAGUUGAUAAUGUAUAUAAUAGAAAAGAUACAAUAGAUUGCCAAAAGGAAAGUGAAGAUGAAUCAAAAAAACAACUUGAAAAUACAAGAAAGAAUGUUGAGCAAGAAGAACAGCAACAAAAGGAAUCAGAAGAAAAAACUGCGAAUACAGAAAAAAAAGAGAGUGAUUCUAAAGAAUUGGAAACUAAUAAAGAUGAAGACUGUGAAGAUCUUUUGGAUAUUUCCGUAAUUCUUGACGCAGAUGAAGAUAAUGCUUCGGCGCUAUCUAAUGAAAAAUCCGAUGACAAUGACGAUACCAAUGAUACCAAUUCAUCAGAUCAGAAUACAUGUACUGAUGAUACGAGUGAUAGUGAAACGAUACAAAGUGAAAGUGACAGUCAAAAUCCUCCCAGCGUUGAUGAUAUCUCGGAAAUAAAUAGCAAUCGCAGUUUUAGAGACAUUGAUAAUAAAUCGGAAGAGAAAUCGUCUGGACGUAAAGGUGAAAAGGAGGAAAUUUCUGGCGAUACGAAAAGAGAUGAAGAAAUGACCUCUCCCGUUUCGACUGGCAAAAGGCCACUAAUUGAAAGCGACAAUCAUCAAUCUCCAGUGGUGAAUAAGAAAAUACGAAUGUUCGAAGAAUUUUCGGAGGAAAACCAAACGGCCAAAUUAGAUAAGAGACAAGCGUCGUCGGAGAAGAAAUCCGAAGAAGGAGAUAUAACAUCGUUAGGUGAAAAUAGUAAAACGAAUUCCACGAAAAAUGAUGAAUUGAAAACAUUGAUUACGUUCGAAAAGUUUAUGAAACAGAGGAACUUGGGCGAAGGAAAACUGACGCGUCUGGAUCUCGAACAAUUUUGCCUACAGAAAAUAUGCGAAGCUCUGGUACAUAAAACAGACACCGGAGAAUUACACCAGACAAUAAAGAAGCAGCAACAAAUGAUAGAAUCUCUAAGAAAAGACGUUGAACAACUUUCUAAACAAACUAGAGACUUGGAUAUCGUAAAUAAAAAGCUGAUGACCGAACUGCAAUCCCACAACAACAACCAGAAACCGAUAGUACCAUUAAAAAUAACUAGAUCAGUCGGAUUGCAGGUUAAAUUGAAUACCUACACCAAAUUGACCUUCAGGAGAAAAUCUCUACCGAAUACGGCAACCCCGCCUCGAACACCAUCAACUCCCGUACCUCCUAUCGCCGUAAAUCGUCAAAGGAACGUUCAAGUAAACGAUAAUGUUAUUCGACAAGUACCGACUACCCCGUCGACGGCACCGUCGCCUCGUAAAACCCCGACUACGGCCCCGAUCUUAACUCAAGCUUUACAAAUCCGACCUACCCCUACAGCUGAAGCUUCAACAUCUGGUGUACCGCAAGGAGUUCGGUUAACUUCGGCUCAAAUCGAGAACGGUAUCGCGAUACCCGCUAGUGUGGUGACUUCCACUGCGGGGGGAACUACUCAACUUAUGUACAUGGUGCAACCUGGUUCCGCCGGAAAUUCGGGAACUGACGUCCAGAAGGCGGUACUUUUAAAUUUCCAACCUACCACCAACGGUGUUCUAAGUAAGUAUCUAACGAUUUUUAUUUAAAGUGGUUUGUUUAAAUUUGUUUAUCUUCGAUUCCGAUGAAAUUUCACAUACACAUACACACAAUGUGCGUGGAACGAGAAAGUGUUCGACCAAAUUCGGUUCGGCGGAAACUCCUACAUUCGGAGAUAUGGAAGUUGGAAUUUGAAGUCUUUCGUUGGGAAUCGAUUUCGGGAGGGUUCGAUGUAGAAAAGGGUGUUUUCCACUGAUGAUGCGAGGGAUCGAUAAAAUGGUUCAGAAGCGGUAAAAUACCGAAAUAAGGCAACGGAUAAGACGUCGGUGGGCAUUAAAUGGCACAAAUCUAUCCCAAUCAAACCUAACAUAAACUGACCUAACCUAACCAAACCUUUCCUAAAUGCAACUUAUUUCACUUAACCUAACCCAACCCAAUUUCACUUUACCCAAUCUAAACUAAUCUAUCCGAACUUAACCUAAAUUCACUUAACCUAAAAUAAUUUCACUUAUCCUAACCUAAUUUUACCUAAACUAAAGUAUUUUAGUCUAAUCUUUUUUUGCCGUAUGAGGUGAGGUGGAAGCAGUGCAAAUCCGUACAGCCGUGUGGGACUUUCACAUCAUUAAAACACCCUCUCGUUUCAUAGGGGCAAGUUGGAAAUAAAUUUAUCUCCGCACUGAGAUUCUCCUCUAAUUUUGGUUUCAGCUAGGUACGGGACUAGUAACCAAUCCUAAUUCCACCUAACAUAACUUAAUCUAAUUUCGCUUAACAUAACCUAAUUUUGUCUAAACUAGUCUAUCGGAACCUAACCUAACUUAAUUUCACCUAACCUAGUCUAACGUAACAUAACUUAAUUUCAAAGAAACCUAUAUAAUCUUACUUAAUCUAACCUAACCUAACUUGAUUUCAUCUAUUCCAAAACUAACCUAACAUAAAUUCAUCUAAUCAAUUUCGUCUAACCUAACCUAACCAAACCCAAAUUGCACCUAACUUAGCCUAAUCUAAUCUAAUUUCACCUAACAUCACCUAACCUAUCCAGAAUUAACCUAAAAAUAACAUAAAUACUUCUUUAACGGCCCUCCAGGCCUUUAUCGUGUCAACCUAGCCUGAAUUAGAAUGGAUAUAGUUUGGGAGGGCCGAUUACGACCCAUCAAGCCUAACCUGAAACAAAAGGUAUGCAGAUUGGGAGGGCUGAACAUGGCUCUUCGGGUUUUAAUGGCAGUAACUUAGCCUGAAUCAGAAUGGGUGAUGCAAAGGAUUGUAUCGUCGUUAUUUGCAGUUUCCGCAGGAUAACAAUCAACACCCUAUAUGCAUUAUAUACAAAAAAUUCCAUCAUUGUCGGUGUUGCAAGCUUUCUGCGGUUUUACUAAAAGCUGUUGAAUCCGUUGAUGAACGAGAUGGCCGACGAUAGGGAGUAAUAAAGCUGCAGUUAAGCUCAAUCCAUUAGACCCCCAAAAGGCUGUUUGGUACGUCGAGUAAUUUUUUUUAUUUCCAUAAUUAAGUUGGUACUACUACCCUUCUAUAAUUUCGCGGACAAAUUUUUCUCCUAUAUCAAGACCAAAUCUAAAAUAUUCGUCAUCCCCACAUGAAUAAUGCACUUUUUCCAUUCACAAACCAACCAUUUCUCUUUCAAAAUUUCAUCGGGAUCCGAGGUGGGUAAUGUACCGAAGAUGAGCGGAAUUUUCCAAUCAAAUUUCCACUCAUUUUCAAUCAAUCUAAUUAAUUGAACUUUUGCUUACUUUCUCAUUUUUGAUAUCAAUAUAGUUGGACUUUACAGAUUCAAUUGCAAUUGGUGUAUUUGUAAAACAUGACUUUGUAAAUAAUCCACACUUUGCAUUUGUCUAUAGAAACCAAGGUUUGAUUUAUCCGAGUAAAUUAAACUAUGUAGAAAAGUAUGAGAAACUAGAAACUAAGAUAAUAAACUGAAUUUUAUACUUUCAGCUUCCCAAGAAAUGACAUUGUAAGCGCAGAGACGUGUAUGUCAUCUAAACAUUGUAAUUUAACGGAAAGGUUUAUGUGAAUUGAAGAUAAAAUCUUAUUAUAUCUAUUUAUGUUUUCAGAUAGUAAUUAAAUUGUGGAUAUUUA